AACGCAAGGAAUUCCAGAAGUCGUAUAAAUAAAGCCUGCUAUCUUUUCGGUGAUAAAACAACUGCGUUAGUCCAUUGCAACAUCUGUCAAGACAUAAUUAUGUCAGACGGAAGCUUGGGAGGAUUUGCAACGCUGGAGGAACUGCUAGAGGAGUACGUUCCAGCGGAUAAGCUUAAGCACGCUCGUCGUGUGUUGUAUGGACUCAAUGUCGGCGAGCCUGUGGCAGGGCUGCCGCUUGACGAGACGGUGCAAGAGCGAGCAAAGCACAUGGACUUUGACUUACGAGGCGCAAGCUUUCGUGCUGCUCCUGAGCAGCUCAGGCAGCCGCGAGUAGUACGUAUUGGGCUGAUCCAGAACAAGAUUGUCUUGCCGACAGACGCUCCCUUUGCAGAGCAAGCAAAGGCCAUCCGCGAGCGCGUGGGGCAAAUGCUCGAUACCGCUGGCCAAGCUGGAGUGAAAAUCGUCUGCCUUCAGGAGGCGUGGCAUAUGCCCUUCGCCUUCUGCACUCGCGAGAAGCAGUGGUGCGAGUUUGCCGAGUCAGCGGAGACGGGCGAGAGUGUGCAGUUCUGCCAGGCUGCAGCACGAAGGUGGGGCAUGGUUGUGAUCAGCCCCAUCCUGGAGCGUGACUCCAGCCACAACGACACUGUUUGGAACACCGCGGUGGUGAUCGGCAACAACGGUAACAUUAUCGGAAAGCACCGCAAGAACCACAUUCCCCGCGUGGGCGACUUCAACGAGUCCACCUACUACAUGGAGGGGAACACGGGCCACCCGGUGUUCGAGACCGCCUUUGGACGCAUCGCAGUCAACAUCUGCUACGGCCGCCACAUCCCCAUGAACUGGCAGGCGUUCGGCAUGAACGGCGCCGAGCUGGUCUUCAACCCCGCUGCCACUGUGGGCGAGCUGUCGGAGCCGCUAUGGCCUGUGGAGGCGCGCAACGCCGCUAUCGCCAACAGCUACUUCGUGGCGGCAAUCAACCGGGUGGGCACUGAGGUGUUCCCGCGGGAGUUCACCUCGGGGGACGGAAAGCCGGCGCACAAGGAUUUCGGGCACUUCUACGGCAGCAGCUACGUGGCGGCCCCUGACGGCAGCCGCAGCCCCUCCCUGGCGCGACACAAGGACGGCUUGCUGGUGGCUGAUGUGGACCUCAACCUGUGCCGCCAGGUGAAGGACAAGUGGGGCUUCAACAUGACGUCACGCUACGAGAUGUACGCGGAGCUGUUCAACCGCUACGUGAAGCCCGACUACAAGCCGCAGGUCAUUCGGGACCCCUCGCUGUGAGGGGUCCGGGUGGGGCAUGGCCGCAUGGGAGGAGGGUAGCUCUCUAGCUGGAUGUAUAUUGCGUUUGGGCACGUGUACCAUGUUUUCAUAAAGGCAAGAGGAUGAAUUGGGUUUGCUCCUGCUUGGGAGUUAGGAGCAUGUCCUGCAGGUGUGAUAAAUGUGAGAACAGCCGUUCGUGAGUGUAUAUUACCGGUAUGUACGAGUAAUGCUGUGUGUGACGUACGUUAGGGCGAGGGAGACCGUGAACACAUGCGCUACUUCCCAAGGCCUUUGCAAAAGGAGGGGUACCUCGAGGAUGGGGCUUUCAAUUUUGACGGAUGGUUCCGGAUGCCACUCAAUCGAGAAAGUGAGGAUUUACAGG